UACUCAAGACACUUUGCCGGGUUGUCCCACACCGGCACGCCCCUGCACUUCAGCCCCGCCAGAACCUGCACCUCACUCAGUCUUCGGGUUAUCGAGGGACAGAGCCGAGAGAGCCACCAUGGGGGCCUGCACCAGGAUUCUUCCCCACCUGGCCCUCGCCCUGAUGCUGGCGGUGAUUGUCGUGCCCCAGAGAUCGCAAGCCAGGACGUCGCUGAAGGACCUGUCCAGCCGCGUGUGCCACAGCCUGACCUGCGGGGCGUCGGACGCUUUCUACCCGCACCCGUCUUACUGCACCCACUACGUCCACUGCAUCAGUGGGACGCCCUACGUCAAGAGAUGUCCUUCCAACCUGCACUUCAACGCUGCUCGGGGCUCCUGCGACAUCCCGCGGGAGGCCCACUGCGUGCCCUUCAAGAGGUCGUGCGAGCUGCAGGUUCCCUUCGUCGCGGACGGCCCCACGGACGGCCAGGUGACGUGUGACUGCGGGGGCACCUGCACCAAGGCUCACCCCUACCGCUGCGACGCCUACUACCACUGCGAUGCCAUGGGCGUGGAACACCUGACGGAGUGUCCCAGCGGCCUCAUGUUCAACUCCCGCGUCGAGCAGUGUGACGUUCCCGAGAACACACAGUGCCCUCAAUCCCCCUCCUGCUCGUGCGACAACUGCAGAUACCCCACCUCCGACCACUGCUCCACCUUCUGGCAGUGCGAGAACGGCAAGGCAGUAAAGCAUUACUGUAGCAGCGGACUUCUCUUUAACCGCGACACCUCCCAGUGCGACUUAGCCAUCAAUGUGGAAUGCAGCGCAGGCGCCUGGCAGUCCGGGUCCUUCGUCGAAACAGUGUGCGUCGACCAUCGAAAGGACUGUGAAGUAUUCGUGAAGGAAGGAGGCUGUGUCUGCAACGAUGACGUCUGUGACUGGCAGACCUUCGUCCUUCAAAACUGUCCCAAGUCGUGCGGCAAAUGCAAGGGAGAAAAGACAAUGAAGAAGAGAAUAUUUUCCCUCCCUUCUGAUGGAGGAAACGCCCGCAAGAAGUCCAAGGAGUCGGGGAGCAAAGAACAUGGACACGGACACGGCAGCAAGGAGUCAGGAAGCAAGGAGUCAGGCAACAAGGGUUCAGGCAGCAAGGAGUCAGGAAGCAAAGAAUCUGGCAACAAGGGUUCAGGCAGCAAGGAGUCAGGAAGCAAGGAGUCAGGCAACAAGGGUUCAGGCAGCAAGGAGUCAGGCAGCAAGGAGUCAGGCAACAAGGGUUCAGGCAGCAAGGAGUCAGGCAACAAGGGUUCAGGCAGCAAGGAGUCAGGCAACAAGGGUUCAGGCAGCAAGGAGUCAGGAAGCAAGGAGUCAGGCAACAAGGGUUCAGGCAGCAAGGAGUCAGGAAGCAAGGAGUCAGGCAACAAGGGUUCAGGCAGCAAGGAGUCAGGCAGCAAGGAGUCAGGAAGCAAGGAGUCAGGCAACAAGGGUUCAGGCAGCAAGGAGUCAGGCAACAAGGACUCGGGCAGCAAGGAGUCAGGCAACAAGGACUCGGGCAGCAAGGAGUCAGGCAGUAAAGAGACUGUCGAAGUUGAUGGCAACAUUAGCGGUGAAAGCUGUGAAGGUGGAGAUGGUGGUGGAGGAAAUGGGAACAACAGCACCGAAGGAGACGGUGGUGAUAAUGUUGAUGUCGGCAGUGGAGGAGAUGGCGGCAACGGUGGUGAUGGAGGCAACGGUGGUGAUGUUGGUGGAGACGGCGGCUCAGGUGGCGGCCACGUCGUCGACGGUUGCGUCAUUAACUGCAUUCUCGGCAAGUACCUGCCUCACCCAAUUAACUGCCGCAAGUUCAUCUACUGCGCGCCCUCGGGCCCCGAGGAGGUAUCCUGCGCGCCAUUUAACGUUUGGGAUCAAGAAGAGUUGGCAUGCACCAACGAGCGUUUGACCCCCUGCGUCACUGGCUCCUACAUCACCACCGAGGGCAAACCAUGCGGUAGCGGGGGUGAUGGAGGUGACGUCGGCAGCGAUGACGAUGGAGACAGUGGUGGUGAUGGAGACAGCGGUGGUGAUGGAGACAGCAGUGGUGAUGGAGACAGCAGUGGUGAUGGAGACAGCAGUGGUGAUGGAGGUGACGCAGGAAGCGGUGGUGAUGGAGACAGUGGUGAUGCCGGCAGCGGUGGUGAUGGAGGUGACGGCGGCAUCGGUGGUGACGGAGGCUCAGGCGGCGACCACAUCGUUGAUGGCUGCAUCAUUCCUUGUUCCCUCGGCAAGUACCUGCCUCACCCGACUGACUGCCAUAAGUUCAUCCAGUGCGCGCCCUACGGCCCCGAAGAGAUGCCCUGUGCACCCGGCACUAUCUGGGAACAAGGAAAGCUGACCUGCAACCACGAGGGCUUGACCCCCUGCGUCACUGGCGCCUACCUCACCCCCGAGGGCAAGACCUGUGGUGGUGACGGUGGUGACGCUGGCAGUGGUGGUGAUGGGGGCAGCGGUGGUAAUGGAAGCAGCGGUGGUGAUGGAGGCAGCGGUGGUGAUGGAGGUGAUGCCGGCAGCGGUGGUGAUGGUGAUGGAGACGGCAGCAGUGGUAAUAGUGGUGGAGACGGCGGCUCAGGCGGCGGCCACGUCAUCGACGGUUGCGUCAUCAGCUGCACCCUCGGCAAGUACCUGCCUCACCCGACUGACUGCCGCAAGUUCAUCCAGUGCGCGCCCUACGGCCCCGAAGAGAUGCCCUGUGCGCCCGGCACUAUCUGGGAACAAGGAAAGCUGACCUGCAACCACGAGGGCUUGACCCCCUGCGUCACUGGCGCCUACCUCACCCCCGAGGGCAAAAUCUGUGGUGGUGACGGUGGAGACGGAGGAGACGGCAGUGGAGGUGACGGUGGUGACGCAGGCAGUGGAGGUGAUGGAGGUGAUGGCGGCAGCGGUGGUGAUGGAGGCAGCGGUGGUGAUGGAGGUGAUGCCGGCAGCGGUGGUGAUGGUGGUGGAGACGGCGGCCACGUCGUCGACGGCUGCGUCAUCAACUGCACCCUCGGCAAGUACCUGCCUCACCCGACUGACUGUCGCAAGUUCAUCCAGUGCGCGCCCUACGGCCCCGAAGAGAUGCCCUGUGCGCCCGGCACUAUCUGGGAACAAGGAAAGCUGACCUGCAACCACGAGGGCUCAACCCCCUGCGUCACUGGCGCCUACCUCACCCCCGAGGGCAAGACCUGUGGUGGUGACGGUGGUGACGGAGGAGACGGCAGUGACGGAGGAAGUGGUGGUGACGGAGGUGAUGCCGGCAGUGGAGGUGACGGUGGUGACGCAGGCAGUGGAGGUGAUGGAGGUGAUGCCGGCAGCGGUGGUGAUGGAGGUGACGGCGGCAGCGGUGGUGAUGGUGGUGGAGACGGCAGCGGUGGUAAUGGUGGUGGAGACGGCGGCUCAGGCGGCGGCCACGUCAUCGACGGCUGCGUCAUCAACUGCACCCUCGGCAAGUACCUGCCUCACCCGACUGACUGCCGCAAGUUCAUCCAGUGCGCGCCCUACGGCCCCGAAGAGAUGCCCUGUGCGCCCGGCACUAUCUGGGAACAAGGAAAGCUGACCUGCAACCACGAGGGCUCAACCCCCUGCGUCACUGGCGCCUAUCUCACCCCCGAGGGCAAAAUCUGUGGUGGUGACGGUGAAGACGGAGGAGACGGCAGUGACGGAGGUGAUGCCGGCAGUGGAGGUGACAGUGGUGACGCAGGCAGUGGAGGUGAUGGAGGUGAUGGCGGCAGCGGUGGUGAUGGUGGUGAUGGAGGCAGCGGUGGUGAUGGAGGUGAUGCCGGCAGCGGUGGUGAUGGUGGUGGAGACGGCGGCCACGUCGUCGACGGCUGCGUCAUCAACUGCACCCUCGGCAAGUACCUGCCUCACCCGACUGACUGCCGUAAGUUCAUCCAGUGCGCGCCCUACGGCCCCGAAGAGAUGCCCUGUGCGCCCGGCACUAUCUGGGAACAAGGAAAGCUGACCUGCAACCACGAGGGCUCAACCCCCUGCGUCACUGGCGCCUACCUCACCCCCGAGGGCAAGACCUGUGGUGGUGACGGUGGAGACGGAGGAGACGGCAGUGACGGAGGAAGUGGUGGUGACGGAGGUGAUGCCGGCAGUGGAGGUGACGGUGGUGACGCAGGCAGUGGAGGUGAUGGAGGUGAUGCCGGUAGCGGUGGUGAUGGAGGUGAUGGCGGCAGCGGUGGUGAUGGAGGCAGUGGAGGUGAUGGCGGCAGCGGUGGUGACGCAGGCAGUGGAGGUGAUGGCGGCAGCGGUGGUGAUGGUGGUGGAGACGGCGGCCACGUCGUCGACGGCUGCGUCAUCAACUGCACCCUCGGCAAGUACCUGCCUCACCCGACUGACUGCCGUAAGUUCAUCCAGUGCGCGCCCUACGGCCCCGAAGAGAUGCCCUGUGCGCCCGGCACUAUCUGGGAACAAGGAAAGCUGACCUGCAACCACGAGGGCUCAACCCCCUGCGUCACUGGCGCCUACCUCACCCCCGAGGGCAAAAUCUGUGGUGGUGACGGUGGAGACGGAGGAGACGGCAGUGACGGAGGUGAUGCCGGCAGUGGAGGUGACGGUGGUAACGCAGGCAGUGGAGGUGAUGGAGGUGAUGCCGGCAGUGGUGGUGAUGGAGGUGAUGGAGGCAGCGGUGGUGAUGGAGGUGAUGCCGGCAGCGGUGGUGAUGGUGGUGGUGAUGGUGGUGGAGACGGCGGCCACGUCGUCGACGGCUGUGUCAUCAACUGCACCCUCGGCAAGUACCUGCCUCACCCGACUGACUGCCGCAAGUUCAUCCAGUGCGCGCCCUACGGCCCCGAAGAGAUGCCCUGUGCGCCCGGCACUAUCUGGGAACAAGGAAAGCUGACCUGCAACCACGAGGGCUCAACCCCCUGCGUCACUGGCGCCUACCUCACCCCCGAGGGCAAGACCUGUGGUGGUGACGGUGGAGACGGAGGAGACGGCAGUGACGGAGGAAGUGGUGGUGACGGAGGUGAUGCCGGCAGUGGAGGUGACGGUGGUGACGCAGGCAGUGGAGGUGAUGGAGGUGAUGCCGGCAGCGGUGGUGAUGGAGGUGAUGGCGGCAGCGGUGGUGAUGGAGGCAGUGGAGGUGAUGGCGGCAGCGGUGGUGACGCAGGCAGUGGAGGUGAUGGCGGCAGCGGUGGUGAUGGUGGUGAUGCCGGCAGCGGUGGUGAUGGUGGUGGAGACGGCGGCCACGUCGUCGACGGCUGCGUCAUCAACUGCACCCUCGGCAAGUACCUGCCUCACCCGACUGACUGCCGCAAGUUCAUCCAGUGCGCGCCCUACGGCCCCGAAGAGAUGCCCUGUGCGCCCGGCACUAUCUGGGAACAAGGAAAGCUGACCUGCAACCACGAGGGCUCAACCCCCUGCGUCACUGGCGCCUACCUCACCCCCGAAGGCAAGACCUGUGGUGGUGACGGUGGAGACGGAGGAGACGGCAGUGACGGAGGAAGUGGUGGUGACGGAGGUGAUGUCGGCAGUGGAGGUGACGGUGGUGACGCAGGCAGUGGAGGUGAUGGAGGUGAUGCCGGCAGCGGUGGUGAUGGAGGUGAUGGCGGCAGCGGUGGUGAUGGAGGCAGUGGAGGUGAUGGCGGCAGCGGUGGUGAUGGAGGCAGCGGUGGUGAUGGAGGUGAUGCCGGCAGCGGUGGUGAUGGUGGUGGAGACAGCGGCCACGUCGUCGACGGCUGCGUCAUCAACUGCACCCUCGGCAAGUACCUGCCUCACCCGACUGACUGCCGCAAGUUCAUCCAGUGUGCGCCCUACGGCCCCGAAGAGAUGCCCUGUGCGCCCGGCACUAUCUGGGAACAAGGAAAGCUGACCUGCAACCACGAGGGCUCAACCCCCUGCGUCACUGGCGCCUACCUCACCCCCGAGGGCAAAACCUGUGGUGGUGACGGAGGUGACGCUGGCAGUGGUGGUGAUGGUGGAGACGCAGGCAGUGGCGGUGAUGGUGGAGACGCAGGCAGUGGCGGUGAUGGUGGAGACGCAGGCAGUGGCGGUGAUGGUGGAGACGCAGGCAGUGGCGGUGAUGGUGGAGACGCAGGCAGUGGUGGUGAUGGUGGAGACGCAGGCAGUGGCGGUGAUGGUGGAGACGCAGGCAGUGGCGGUGAUGGUGGAGACGCAGGCAGUGGCGGUGAUGGUGGAGACGCAGGCAGUGGCGGUGAUGGUGGAGACGCAGGCAGUGGCGGUGAUGGUGGAGACGCAGGCAGCGGCGGUGAUGGUGGAGACUCAGGCAGUGGCGGUGAUGGUGGAGACGCAGGCAGUGGCGGUGAUGGUGGAGACGCAGGCAGUGGCGGUGAUGGUGGAGACGCAGGCAGUGGCGGUGAUGGUGGAGACGCAGGCAGUGGCGGUGAUGGUGGAGACGCAGGCAGUGGCGGUGAUGGUGGAGACGCAGGCAGUGGCGGUGAUGGUGGAGACGCAGGCAGUGGCGGUGAUGGUGGAGACGCAGGCAGUGGCGGUGAUGGUGGAGACGCAGGCAGUGGUGGUGAUGGUGGAGACGCAGGCAGCGGCGGUGAUGGUGGAGACUCAGGCAGCGGCGAUGGUGGAGACGCAGGCAGUGGCGGUGAUGGUGGAGACGCAGGCAGUGGCGGUGAUGGUGGAGACGCAGGCAGUGGUGGUGAUGGUGGAGACGCAGGCAGCGGCGGUGAUGGUGGAGACUCAGGCAGUGGCGAUGGUGGAGAUGGUGCAUGCGAAGACGCGCAAUAUGACUGCAUCUUCUGGGCAGCUAAUAAUGAUUGUAACUGCAAGCCGACAGAUGGUGAUUGCUCAUGGCAAACCUAUGUGGCUGCAGCUUGCCCCAAGAGCUGCGGAUCUUGUGAACCACAAGUGGGCGGCGAUGGAGAUGAAGUUUGCGAAGACAAUGUAUCUGACUGCCGAUUCUGGGCCGCAAAUAAGGAUUGCAACUGCAAACCAACUGAUGGGGAUUGCUCCUGGCAAAAAUAUGUUGCAGACAAUUGCCCGAAAAGCUGUGGAACGUGUAACACAUCUGGUGACGGUGGCAAUGGCGGUGAAGACGGCGGCAGCGGUGGUGACGGUGGUGAUUCUGGCAGCGGUGGUGACGGUGGUGAUGGUGGAAGUGGUGGUGAUGGAGGCAGCGGUGGUGAUGGAGGUGACGCCGGCAGUGGUGGUGAUGGUGGUGACGCCGGCAGCGGUGGUGAUGGAGGUGACGCCGGCAGCGGUGGUGAUGGAGGUGACGCCGGCAGCGGUGGUGAUGGCGGUGACGCCGGUAGCGGUGGUGAUGGCGGUGACGCCGGCAGUGGUGGUGAUGGCGGUGACGCCGGCAGUGGUGGCGAUGGCGGUGACGCCGGCAGCGGUGGUGAUGGCGGUGACGCCGGCAGCGGUGGUGAUGGCGGUGACGCCGGCAGCGGUGGUGAUGGCGGUGACGCCGGCAGUGGUGGUGAUGGCGGUGACGCCGGCAGUGGUGGUGAUGGCGGUGACGCCGGCAGCGGUGGUGAUGGCGGUGACACCGGCAGUGGUGGUGAUGGCGGUGACGCCGGCAGCGGUGGUGAUGGUGGUGACGCCGGCAGCGGUGGUGAUGGAGGUGACGCCGGCAGCGGUGGUGAUGGCGGUGACGCCGGCAGCGGUGGUGAUGGCGGUGACGCCGGCAGCGGUGGUGAUGGCGGUGACGCCGGCAGCGGUGGUGACGGAGGCUCAGGCGGCGACCACAUCGUUGAUGGCUGCAUUAUUCCUUGUUCCCUCGGCAAGUACCUGCCUCAUCCGACAGACUGCCGCAAGUUCAUCCAGUGCGCGCCCUACGGCCCCGAAGAGAUGCCCUGUGCGCCCGGCACUAUCUGGGAACAAGGAAAGCUGACCUGCAACCACGAGGGCUCGACCCCCUGCGUCACUGGCGCCUACCUCACCCCCGAGGGCAAGACCUGUGGUGGCGAUGGAGGAAGUGGUGGUGACGGAGGUGACGCCGGCAGCGGUGGUGAUGGAGGUGAUGCCGGCAGUGGUGGUGAUGGAGGUGACGCUGGCAGUGGUGGUGAUGGAGGUGACGCCGGAAGUGGUGGUGAUGGUGGUGACGCCGGCAGUGGUGGUGAUGGAGGUGAUGCUGGCAGCGGUGGUGAUGGAGGUGACGCUGGCAGUGGUGGUGAUGGAGGUGACGCCGGCAGCGGUGGUGACGGCGGUGACGGAGGCAGCGGUGGUGACGGAGGUGAUGAAAGCGUUGAGGACUGUGAACUGUCGUGCCCGAAGAGCGAAGGAAUAUUCCCUCACCCUCGUGACUGCAGGAAGUGGAUACGUUGCCUGCACGGGAAGCCUUACGUGAAGGAGUGUCCCUUCCACCUGCAGUUCAACCCUGUGCUCCGAGUGUGUGACUGGCCCCAGCACGCCAAAUGUGUAGCUUCCAGUAAUGCGGAUUGUGGCGUUCCCGAACCUGUCGUUCCAACGGAGCCGCCCAAUGUCAAGCCCGAUAUCUGCGACUGCGAGUGUUGCCUGCGACCUCACCCUGAAGACUGCACGGCCUAUUACUACUGUGAGCCUGGCUCCAACGCCGAGUUCCACACCUGCUCGGAGGGGCUCGUGUUCAACCCCCAGCUGAGCCAGUGCGUCAUCCAGGACCAGUACCCGCAGUGCCAGCCCGAGAAGCCCCCGACGUGCGAUCCCACCUGUGAAUGUCUCUAUCCGGCAGAGGCCUGCACCGAGUACUACAAGUGCAACGGUGACGGCGUUCCCGUGAAGUUCGAGUGUUUUGGUGGCCUUUACUUCAACGACGAGAAGCACUCCUGCGACCUCCCGAAGAACGUGUCCUGCGAGCUGCGUCGGAAGAGGACGUACAAUCCAGAGCCGCAGAAGUACAUAAGCGCCGAGGAGUGCAAGACCCGCAAAGGAUUCUUCGCCAAGAGAGGGGAUCCUUCGGGCUACUUCAUGUGCAGCAACGGCAUCGCCUUCUCUCUGCGGUGUCCUGACGGCGCAGUGUUCAGCUCCGCGGUCGGCAGAUGUAUCCUCAGAAAGUAAUGCAACGAGCCAGAACUUAAGCAAAAUCUGAGAUGAAACCCUCUGUGACUGAGCACGAUGGAGAGAGGAUUAUAGUCUAGCAAGCAUAUGUUAUCGAUCGAAAGCUUCCUCUAUAGACUCUAGAAGCCUGUACCAUGAGAUGUAUCACUGGACGUCAUUGGAAGGAACGGCCACACUCUCCGUCCUUCUUUUCCUCUGCCAUUCACUGUACAGGAAGUGGACUCUAAGGAAAGUUAUGUUAGCCGAGUUUAGCUUCGUAGUAAAGGUUAGCGCGUUGGUCACAAGUGCUAGUUCUGAAUACCCUCUAGAUGUCAUUUUGUUACAAAGUAUAUACCAAUUUUUAUGUAUAUGUAUGUAAAUGCCCAGGAUGCUCAUUGAUGGACCUCUCUCUCUCUCUCUCUCUCUCUCUCUCUCUCUCUCUCUCUCUCUCUCUCUCCUUGUUUUUCAUCCUAUAUGCAGUACAAUUAUUGUAAACGCACACAAUAAAAUGUUAAAAUGUA